UGUCCUCAAGAGACUCUCUGCUCUGAGUCUCACUUCAUGAGAAUUUUAAGAUUUUCAUCAGAAUCAUCUGUCAUCUGUAUCGAGCAGAAACCAGAGUGUUUUUAUGUGAUGGAUCACCAGAACACCAGCCACCUAUCUAGCAACCAAUCAGAUGAUAGGAGCAUCUACACGCAUCAGGUGCUGUCAUCGCUGUACAUGCUCACCUUCGUGGUGGGCGUGGCCCUAAACGGCAUUGCCGCCUGCAUCUUCUUCCGAGUGCCGAGCGACUCGGGGCUGGUGGUGUAUCUGAAGAACAUGGUGGUGGCUGACCUCCUCAUGCUCUUCACCUUCCCUUUCAAGUUUGUCGCAGGGCUGGGGCUGGGGGGUUGGCGCAUGUACUUGGUCCACUGUCGCUAUACCGGCGUGCUCUUCUACUGCUCAAUGUAUGUGGGCAUGAUCUCCAUGGGCUUCAUCAGCCUCGAGCGCUACGUCAAGAUCGUCAGACACACCUCGUCCACCACCUCCACCUGCGGGUUGAGGUGGUGCAGGGUCCCCAAGCUGCACCUCCUGCAUAGAGUGGGCUUUGCGCAGGGGCUGGUGAUCUUCACGUGGAGCUUCCUGUUCCUCUGCAUGCUGCCCAACGUGCUGCUCACCAGCAAGAAGGUGAACCAGACGAAUUUGCAACACUGCAUGCUGCUGAAGACGCCGCUUGGCCAGCAGUGGCACCGAUUCUCUGUCAUCUUCAACAACACCGUCUUCUGGCUGACGCUGUUCCUGCUCUUCUUCUGCUAUACCUCCAUCACCUGCCAGCUUUACCGCUCCUACCGCCGCGUGCAGCGUGACAACAGCAACGUCUGCCGGAAGUCGAAGCGCAGCAUCUUUAGCAUCCUGGCAGUGUUUUUCGUGUGCUUCGUGCCGUACCAUGUUCUGCGCUUCCUGGACGAGCUGGUCGAGAAGUGGAAGUCUAGCUGCAGCCUGGACAAACACUGCCUGCUGUUACAGCUAAAGGACGCCAUGCUCUUCUUCUGCGCCAUCAACGUCUGCCUCGACCCCGUCAUCUACUUCCUCAUGUGCCGCACCUUUAGGGAGUCGCUUAUUAGGAAACUGUCAGUGAGGUGGAGGGAGGUGGAGGGGGUCACUCCCACCAACAGUCGGUCUGUCACAUAUUUAGUAGGGGGAGAGGAGGUAAGAACAAAAGUAAAGGAAGAGGAGAGGAAAUCUAAAAUAUAAUGGGGGACAGCAGGAGCAUAGAGGAGAGGAAAUGAGAAAAGAGGAAGGGGAAAGUGGGGAGACCAGAGUCAAAUGUCAAAUGAAGACGGUAACAGUUUUCACUUUGUUGUAAUGUUGUAUAUACAGUAUGUGUGUGUGAGAAGCCCUGCUCUGUUAAAGCUGAUGAGUGAUACGCUACAACUCCAGAGUUGGUAAAUCGCGGUAAAGAAAAAAUAAUACAAAUUCUCCUACAUCAGUGAAAACUAAACCUGUGUCUAAUGCAAACAAUAUCAGCCUUUCUUUAUAAAUGCCCAUGGUUACUAUUACUUACUUGUGUUAGCAAGUAUGCCUAAUGCCAUUCUGGAGGAAGUGGUAAGAGGAAUAUGGAGGCAAGAGAGAUCUCUAUCAGCAGCACAGAGCUUCUGUCAGUCAGAGGGCUAGGUAACAUGUAAGAAGAUUUUAUUGACUAACACUUCAUUUGUUUGUAUCCAGGCAUAUUGUGUUAAUUAACAAAAAUCGCCAAUGUGCCCCUCCAACACGCUCUGCAUUUGCCUGUUGCGCAGCUCUGUCAUUUGUCAUAUUUAGAUUUUAAACUGGAUUUUGUCAGCAGUUCACAAUUACAUUUCAUUACAUGUCACUUAUUAGACUUAUUCAAAGCUCAGCACACUAUCCCACUGCGCCACAGCCUGUCAUUGUACAUACGAAAGAUACUCAUGUUAAGCCAAACCAUGAUCCAUAACUAAACAUUAGUUUUGUGUCUUUUUUGUUGUUGUUUGGUUUUAGUUAGUUUUUACAAUGUGUUAAAAAUGUAAACCGAAAUUGUGUAUUAAAUACGUUCCUCAAUUCAAUAUCAGAAUGCACUUUACAGUAUGGGGAGACUAUUUGUUAGAGAGUGGAUGCCAUCUGAAACAAUAUUCCAUAUUUUGGAAGGAAACAUUAUCUUUCCAUAAUAAUCUGAAAAUUGCAUAAAGGUAUUCAAAAACAAACUGUAAGUGUCCUGAAUUAAAGAAAUACACACAA